UUAUUUUAUGCUCCAUAAAUCAAGAUCAAGAUUACCCCCUCAAUUAUUGAUUACUCCUAAAUAUGAUGAAAAUCUCGUAAUUUGUAAAACCUAAGAAGAUGUAACAAAGGAGCAUAGAAGAAAUACAAGUUACUAAUAAAGACCUAAGCAGUAGAAAUAUAAUUUUCAGUUGUGCCAUCAGAUUGGAAAAGGAUAAUUUAGUAAAGUUAUGCUUGUCAAGUAAUAAUUAAUAUAAUGAGCAUUUAGAAAUGCAGGUAUUUUUUAUGCUUUGAAAAUGAUUGACAAAAAAUUGAUUUAAAAGUACAAUAUUGGUUAAUAAGUGUAAAGAGAGAUUGAUAUCUAAUCAUCAAUAUAACAUUAAAAUAUUGUUAAAGUAUUUGGCAAUUUUCAAGACAAUGAUUAUAUCUAUUUAAUAACUGAAUAUUGUGAGAAAGGAAAUUUAUACUAAAAAUAAUUCUCUAAGGAGGAAAUUAAAAAAAUAAUAAAAUAAAUAUUAAUAGGAAUAUAAUUUCUACAUUCAAUGGGUAUAAUGCAUAGAGAUGUGAAACCAGAAAACAUCUAUUUAACAUAGAAUGAUAUAAUUAAAAUAGGAGACUUUGGAUUUUCUAAUUAUAGAGGUAGAAGAAAAACAUUUUGUGGUACUCCUGAAUAUAUGCCUCCAGAGAUUGUACUUUCUUAAGGUAAUAAAAAUUACUACUAUAAUGGUUAUGAUGAAAGAGUAGAUAUAUGGGCUAUUGGAAUUUUAUUAUUUGAAUUAUGUAAUAAUACAGUUCCUUUUCGUGAUUCUGAUAGAAAUAAAUAACAAGAUAGAAUUUGUAGGGAGGCUGUACAAUUUAAAGAUGAUUAAGAUCUUAAUCUUAAUGAUUUUAUUCAAAAAUGUUUAAAAAAAGAUCCUAAUCUCAGGGCUUCAAUAUAAGAGUUAUUGAUACAUCCCUACUUAUAAAUUUGA